AUGACGAGUAGUACAGAGAGUUGUUCGAGAGAAGAAAUUUUAAUUGAUCAUAUUUUAUCGAGGUUAGCUGUGAAAUCACUGUUGCGAUUCAAAUGUGUGUGCAAAAAUUGGUGUGAUCUCUUCAAUAGCUUGAGUUUUAUCAAAAAGCACUGUGAUAGCCCCGGUAAUCGCACCCAUCCAGCGGUUUGCAAGUUCGGUGUUAACUACAACAAUGAACCUGAGCCUUUAAGAAGUUUUAAUUUCUACGUACUCCCGGAGAAAAUAUUCACCGGGAUUGUCCCUUCUCCCAUCAGAGGCUUUAUCGUGGCGAAGGAGUUACAGAUUUCCGAUGUAUUUAUGGUCCGAGAGUGUAGGCUUAUUCCUAAAUGGAAUUUUGAGCUUCUUGAUUUUUUUGACGAUCACACACGGUCAGCUGGGGUAGGAUUAGACCUCGUUAACAAUGACUAUAAGUUCAUAUGGAUACGAGUAUUUUACGAUAAUGAUAAAUAUGAGGUCUAUCCUCAGGCAUACGCUGCUAUUUAUUCAUUGAACGAUGACUCGUGGAAGUUGUUAGACGAGCCUGAUUUACCUUACGACUGCAACUUAUGUGCGUCAUUUACUUGCACGUAUUUAGACGGACUACAUUAUUGGAUGACUGUUACCCGGGACAGUGAUAGCAACCUAACGUAUGGUAUUCGAACAUUUGAUUUUGCAACGGAAUUGUUUGGGCAGAGGGAAGCACCACCUAUUCCAUCGGAUCAUUGGGGGAAUUUGAUGUUACGUUGUGAUUCUAUUGCAGCUAUAUCUUCUAAAGACACUGCGCGGGCUUAUAUAUCAUUUUAUGAUAUAUGGGUAAUGGUCGGAGAGGAUAAAUGGAUCAAAGUAUUUACUAUAAAUCCUCAGGUACCAAGUCAUUGGCCUCAAGGCGUUUGGGAUUACGAUAAGUUCAUUUUUGAACUAACAGAAACUAGUAACUUGGCUUUCUAUGACCAUUGUACUAAACAAGUUACAAAUCUUGGAUUUAAUCAUUUUCGGCUUCUAGGCUCUAGCUUCUGUUGGUUUCUGUAUUAUAAGGAGAGUAUAGUCCCAGUAAAGAGAAAAGAACCGUCUCCAUUUGAUAAUACUGAUUACUUUUUAGCAAAGUAUCGAUAA